AUGUCGUACCUGACUGACAAGGCUUUAAUGCUUGACGAAGUGAUUGAAUAUCUGAAGCAAUUGCAAGCUCAAGUCCAAAUGAUGAGCAGAAUGAGUAUGCCACCAAUGAUGUUACCAAUGGCCAUGCAACAACAACGACAGAUGUCCAUGAUGGCACCAAUGGGCAUGGGGAUGGGAAUGGGCAUGGGACUUGGUAUGGGGAUGGACAUGAACAAUAUCAAUCGGUCCAACAUCACUGGCAUCUCUCCUGUUCUUCACUCUACUGCUUUCAUGCCUAUGACCUCAUGGGAUGCCGGCUCUGGUGACCGGAUACAAGCUACUUCACCCACGGUACUCUGCAUAAGCAAUAAGAACAAAACGCAGAGAGCAAAGAGCUGCAAAGUGCUACCACUUCAUUUCCCCCUUAGAAGAAUGGACACGAACAAAUUCGCUGAUCUUCGCGCCGACGGGUACAUAGCUAUCUCUUUUCUUUAG